GGAAGCUCUGGAAAAUAGGCAACAUCUUUAUGUUAUCAGUGGGAACAUCGAAAGGCGAAAGGCCCCAAUCGAGGGACGGGGAAACGCAAGGAUCGAUGAAGGAUUAGUGGACGGACAGUUUCAUCCGAGACGAGCGGGGCCAGAGCUCCAAUCGAGCUGAGGUCGACGAGACGAGACGGAUUGGAUUUCAAACCGGCAAUCGUAGCCAUGGCGACGGCAGCAGCUGCUUCGUGGACUGCUGUUCGUGCAGGCGGUCCAUGGGCGGCGUCGUGCUUGUCGCGUGCAGGAGGCUCGAGGUCGGUCUCGUGGAAUUCGUGUGGCGUGAGCUUGUGCGGCGUCGAGUCGCGGAGGGCGCUGCAGUUGGCAGUCGGAGGAAGUUCGAAGAGCAGUCGAAGGAGCGGCAAGGGCGAUCGCUUCGCGCGCCUCUGCUGCGUCGCGGGCGUGCAGAAGUUGGGGGAGGUGGAUGCGGUGGACCUUUCGUCGGAUGGCAGUAAGGAAUUCCCUGCCGCGCCUGGUGUGUACGCCAUCUACGACAAGGAGGGCAAAUUGCAAUACGUCGGAAUUUCUAGACGAGUCUCGAGCAGCAUUCAAAGUCAUUUGCAGGACUUGCCCGAGCUUUGUGCCUCUGUGAAGGUAAAUGUGGUCGAUGCAGCGGACAAGACGGCGUUGACAGAAGCGUGGAGGGAGUGGGUACAGGAAUACGUGGAAGUGACAGGAGAGGUGCCACCGGGGAAUGUGCAGGGCAACACGACCUGGACAGCGAGGAAGCAAAGGGCCGCCAAGCCUGAGUUGAAGCUCACUCCGGGUCCUCAUGUAACCCUCACCAUCCCCUUGGUGGAACUGAUCGAUCAGGUCGUGAAAGGAUGCACCGUCGUCGCCUUCGUCAAAGGAACCAGAACAGCUCCUCAGUGUGGCUUUUCCCACCGCGUGCUCACCAUUCUGAACGAGAAUGGAGCUGACUAUGAAGUGGUGAAUGUUCUCGAUGACCAUCACAAUCCGGGCUUGAGGGAAGCUAUCAAGGAGUACAGCCAGUGGCCGACCAUUCCCCAAGUCUACGUCAAGGGCGAGUUCGUAGGAGGAGCAGAUAUUUUAGAUGAAAUGGUUCAAAGCGGAGAGAUCAAAUCGCUCUUUCAAAAAUCACGACCCAAGUAAAUCAGCCGAAAACUAGAUAUUUGUUCGUUCAGAAGCAUCUGAUUCUCUUACACCAUCAGGCCAGUCCACUGGCCCAUGUAUCGAUACAAACAUUAAAGCACAUGAACAUGAAACUUCUCUCUACUCCC